CCAAGUUUCUUCAACAACACUCUUCAACUAAAAUCAUUCUAAACAUGAAAGUGGAAGUUGGCUUAGUUUCCUUCAAAUCCAAGCUUUCAAAACCAUGUUCAAAGCUCCUCCAUCUCUUCAAAUUCCCAAUGAAGAAGCCCUUCUCCAUCAAAUCACUUUGGACUCGACACCCUCGGCGCAACUCUAGAGCCAUAUCCAAGCCUCGAAGAAGGGCUUGGUCUUGGCUCCGGUGGCUACGAAGAGUAGGGAAGAUGGAAAGAGUAAGAGAUCAUUUGAGAUCAAGUGAAAGCGUACGCUCAGAUAAUGAGUGUAGAGAAAAGUUGUUGUUUCCAUCUCCGAUGAUUAGGGGACGGAAGGUCGCAGCGGGGACGUCGUGGGAGGAGAAGGAGGAGGUGGAAGAUGCUUGCAAGAGCUUUGAGAAUUAUCUUGUGGAAAUGAUAAUUGAAGAAGGGAAAGUGAGGGAUUUGAUGGAUGUGGAAGAGCUUUUGUAUUGUUGGAGGAAUUUGAAGUGCCCUGUUUUUGUUGAUUUGGUGUCUAGAUUUUAUGGAGAGCUUUGUAAGGACUUGUUUUCUUCACACAUUCAAGCUUUUACUCCAAACUUUCAACCCAAGUGAAUCAAUCAAAUAAUUUCUAGUUUUUUUGUUUUGUAAUAUCUUUGAGGUUUCAGUUGGUUGUGUUCUAUUUCUUUUUUUCUUUUAGUACAUUUUAUUAGAUUCGUUAAACUCUCCAUACUUUUGUCUCCUCCAAAUUUAGAAACAUGUGGAUGAAUCUAAUAACACUUUGUUAUUGAUUAGUGGGAGAAAAAAAAUCUAAUAAUAUUUUGUUU